AUGCUUGUGCCCACGGUCGGUGCUCGUUUCACCUUCUUCUACGCCGUGGGUAACACGCCUGCAACGAACUUGACGCGAAGUGUGCCUCACGGCCAAGAUGCGUCCGUGUUGUCGCUGGGCUGCGGCGACCUGAGAAACAUCUUUUAUACUGCCUAUGUCGACCAGGGCCUUCCUCCUCGCAACCUGGACAUCACUUGCUGCGACUAUGACGAGAAGGUCAUCGCCCGCAACAUUCUACUGCUGACGUUCCUCAUUGACGGCGAAGCUUCUGAUGAUGCUUUGUGGAACAUUUAUUACCACCUCUACCUCGACGCUGGCGAUGCCGCACUCGUCCAGAAGCAGCUGAGCGAGCUCCUACCACUGCUUGCGUCACUGGGGUCUUGGAAGAAGAGUCAGUACGGAAUCAAGCUUCACUUCUGCGACCAGGAUACUCUUGAUGAUGUUCGCGCCGUAUGCCAGCGCAUGGUACAAGAAGCCAGCGACGUUGACCUCGACAAACGACGCUCUGCCCUGACAAGGCAGCUUGAACGCUCGCUUGGAAUGAGAAGACGAGCCCUGGGACCCCAUGGCACUGUUGCGACCGCCAUGCGCUCAGCAGCGCCUCUUGCUAUGAAAUCGCGGCUGGAAUUGCCAGAAGCUUUUGACCAGUAUUGGAAGGAUGGCACCGUCACGAGCAGGGAUCGAGAUGUGACCAACGUACCCAACCCCAUGUUCUCCGCACUGGUGAGCGACAACUCUGUCCUUCACUACGGUACUGAUCCGAUUCUCGGCUUUCAUCUUGCUACCGCCUUUGCGCCACUGGGAGACAAGUCUCCCUUGAAGCCUACGUCCAGGCAUGGUUCCAGAGCUGCCCACGCCGCGAAAGCGCAAUUCAAGGAAUGGACAGCUGCCCUGAAGAACGCUCUGUUGAAGAGAUUCAACGUGCGGUUCAUCGUGUCAGAUGUCUUUGCGUGCUGCCACAGCCUUCAACAUGCUGCAACGACUGGUCAGACUUCCGCAAACCUUUACAGGCGGCUGUUCGACUCCCGGCCACUUCGCCUUGAUGCUGAAAUCUACAGUGCCAGCACGAGGCCGGCGAGCUUCGACGUCAUUGACACAUCGAAUCUUUCGGAUCAUGUAGGGGCCCUGAAUAUCCUCGUGGCUACCGCGCCGUUGCUCGCAAAUCGUCCAUGGGCUACCAUCUACACUGAGCUUCUCCUCAAGACGGAAGACACUCAACAAAAGUCCUUUGAGAAGCUGUUAUGCGGGCACCCGGCCACAAUGUCAUUGUUACUGGGUGUUUCCCCCGUUCAGUUCUGGACAAAUGCAAAGGCAGAGUCGCACGCCGACGAAGUCUUCCUCGGCAUGAUGAACCAGUCCGGGGUCGGCAACGAUACGCAAGUACACAACCGUAUCGCAUGGAAGCAAGACGACCAGUUCUCAAAUCAACCUCAUGGCCGUGGCUGUCUUCAUAUCGACGCAAAGGCGCUGUCAAGAGUUCUGCUGGAGAUAUAUCUGCAAAUCUUCAGCAACGAAAGGCUACAUUUCGAGACCUUGAAGUCGCAAAUGCACAAGAGAGAUGCUGUUUACGGCCACUUUCACCGAGGGAGCUUUGCGGCGUUGCUCCAACUGGUGCAGCAGCGUGUUUCCACUGAUAUUUGGCACGACGCUCUGCAUGACCUAGUGGCGAACAUCGCCACUGAUCGCACUCUUGCCAUGUCUAGCAACUUCAUUCAAGAGCUUAGUGGACAAAGAUACAUGCUCAGCGGCACAAAGGAAACCUGGAUCGUCAAUGAUGCUAGUCAACAUGCUCGACAGGGACUCCUCAAGGAUUGGACCGAUAUUCCACACAUGAUCGCUGUGACGUGCGAGGUGCCAAGGGAAGCUUUUCUCCGCUUGUUUGAGGGCUCGGAUCACCGCAAGAUGGCUUCGCCUCUGCUCCUUGGAUCUUUGCGAUCGGGUCCUGGGGCAGAUACCCAAUGGCAUAACAUGUAUGGAGACAUUCAUGUGACUUUUGGCAAGGUGAAGCAAGCAGGACGUCUGGACCAGACUACACUCGCUGUCGAGCAAGAUGCGUUGGGGUUCGACGGAUCGGCACCGUUGGUUAUAUCGUUCUAUGUACCGGCAUCGUGUGUCCAACUUGAGCCACAGAGACUUCUGGUGGGACUGUUCGUCGGCAUUACCAUCCAGUCCACAAUAGUAUAUGGCCCCGUCCUGGGACCAGAGCUGAACGUGUACGAAACAUCUGCAAGCACAGCAUCCAAUGUAUGGGUGUCUCGACUUGCCCCCAGUCAGGAGGCAUAUCCAGUUGUCUGUGGUGCUGCGCGACUAUUCCCAAAUACCAUACAUGACAGUGCUAGUGGUCUUGAGACGAAGAUGGUCGCUGACCUACCUGCCUCGGAAAACUACAUCACAAAGCUGACCGGGCACCUCGAUAUCACAUCCGAAAAGGGGCUCCAACUCCUGAAGGACAAGGCGCCGAUCGAGCUGCGCCAAAGCAGCCCCUUUGUCAUCGACGUUGUCUUCGGGAAAACCACCCUCUCCUGUCCUGUCCGAUUCCCUAUUCCAGUGAGCAAGGAGGGAAGCAAAACGCGCAUCGCCCGAACGUCAGGGUAUGUUGAGGUCAUUGCGCCUAUUGCUCAGCCGACGGUGUCUCCUUGCCUGGAUGACUUUGUGUACCCUGUGAUGCUCACAGGCGAUGGCCUCCCUGCCGCGGUCAACAUUCCCCACGUCAACUUGGACAGCUUGCCAAUCCUCGACUUCUCACAGCGUGAGAAAGCCUUGCGUGAAUCGGCCAACAAGACGGACGGCAUCUCCGAGGACCCACGCGUCAAUCUCAAGGAGUCUCUGUUUACCAUGUUCAUGCUCGCCACUGGUCUUCAAGGUGAUCAAACUGGAUUGUUUGCCAUCAACCACCCCGAAAAGGGGGGCAUUCACAUUCUACUCCUCGUGUCCGCGAUUCGGUUGGACGGCGACGCCGCAGGUGUGGUGAUCGACGCUGCCGUCUUGCCCCUUACACUGGAUUUGGUCCACAAGUGCCGGCCUCUGCUGGAUUCGAUCCUGGAACUCAAGAUGGCGUCCAUGAACGUCAACGACGCCGAGCUAAUACUGUGGAAAAAGGUCAUUGCGGCUUCGGUCGAGCGCUGCCGUACUUGGUCCCACAAGCGGAGCUGCGAAUACAAGAAAAGGGGCGCAACGGUUCCCCUGACCCUGGAAGAUGGAAAGACAUUCCUCUGCUCGUGUGGCAAUGGUGAAUUUCCCAAGGAUCACAUCACUAUUCCGAGCUGGGAAGUCGGUCGGCGGCACGCGGUUCGCGCAGCUUUCAGUCCGACGUAUGCGGUGCCAUAUGUCGAAAGUGCGUUUGACGUCGCACUGACAAAAGCGGACAGCACGACGGUGGGCGAAGCCUGCGGAACCACCAACGGUCAAUCCACGCCUACACUUCCAAAGCAGCGGCGCCAACGUUCACCCCCCGAAAAGAACGAACACGAAACUGCCACCAUGUCCGCCACGCAGCUUCUCAACCCCAAGGCUGAGUCCCGCAGGAGGGGCGAAGCUUUGAAGGUCAACAUCAGUGCCGGUGAAGGUCUUCAGGAUGUCCUCAAGUCCAACUUGGGCCCCAUGGGCACCAUCAAGAUGCUUGUCGACGGUGCCGGUCAGAUCAAGCUCACCAAGGACGGCAAUGUCCUCCUCCGCGAGAUGCAGAUCCAGAACCCUACCGCCGUCAUGAUUGCGCGAGCCGCUACUGCCCAGGAUGAUAUUUGCGGUGACGGUACCACCUCCGUCGUGCUGCUGGUGGGAGAGCUCCUGAAGCAGGCCGACCGAUACAUCUCUGAGGGUCUGCACCCACGCAUCAUCACAGACGGCUUCGAGAUCGCCAAAGUGGAGGCUCUCAAGUUCCUCGACGACUUCAAGCUGGACAAGGAGGUUGACCGCGAGCUUCUGCUGAAUGUCGCCCGCACUUCUCUCGCCACCAAGCUCAACUCUACUCUCGCUGCCCAGCUCACGCCCGACAUUGUCGACUCCGUUCUGGCCAUCUACCAGGCCCCGGCGAAACCCGACCUGCACAUGGUUGAGAUUAUGAAGAUGCAGCACCGCACGGCCGCCGACACACAGCUCAUUCGUGGACUCGCUCUCGACCACGGCGCCCGCCACCCCGACAUGCCCAAGCGUCUCGAGAACUGCUACAUUCUCACCAUGAACGUCAGCCUCGAGUACGAGAAGACCGAGAUCAACUCUGGUUUUUUCUACUCGAGCGCCGAGCAGCGUGAGAAGCUCGUGGAAAGUGAGCGCCGCUUCAUCGACGCCAAGUUGAAGAAGAUUGUCGAGCUCAAGAAGGAGCUCUGCGGCAACGACGGAAAGAAGAACUUUGUCAUCAUUAACCAGAAGGGCAUCGACCCCCUGUCGCUGGACGUGCUGGCGAAGAACGGUAUCCUGGCUCUCCGCCGCGCCAAGAGGAGGAACAUGGAGCGUCUGCAGCUGAUCUGUGGUGGUGUUGCCCAGAACUCUGUCGAGGAUCUCACGCCAGAUGUUCUCGGAUGGGCUGGUCUGGUCUACGAGCAGACGCUGGGCGAGGAGAAGUACACAUUCGUGGAGGAGGUCAAGGACCCCAAGUCAGUCACGCUUAUGAUCAAGGGCCCCAACCAGCACACCAUUGCGCAGGUGACCGACGCGGUGAGGGACGGCCUGAGGAGCGUCUACAACAUGAUUGUCGAUAAGAGUGUCGUGCCGGGCGGCGGUGCCUUCCAGGUUGCCUGCGCGGCUCACCUGAAGAGCGACGCCUUUGGCAAGAAGGUCAAGGGCAAGGCGAAGUGGGGAGUCGAGGCGUUUGCGGAUGCCCUUCUCAUCAUUCCCAAGACCCUGGCUGCCAACGCUGGCCACGAUGUGCAGGAUGCUUUGGCCGCGCUCCAAGACGAGCACGCUGAUGGCGAUGUUGUCGGUCUCAACCUCGAGACUGGUGACCCGAUGGACCCGGAGCUUGAAGGCAUCUUCGACUCGUUCCGCGUGCUGCGUAACUCUGUCGCUUCCAGCUCGAGCAUCGCUUCAAACCUGUUGCUUUGCGACGAGCUCCUGAAAGCGCGACAAAUGGGUCGACAGGGCGGGCCCGGGCCUGGUAUGGAUGGUCCUAAUGAUCACAUGUAA